UCUUUUCCCCUCCCUUCGGUCACGUGAGCGGCAGAGACGGCGGCCGGCCCGGCUCAGCAGCCGCGCGUGUUGCCUUCGCUUCUUGCUGCUGCUGCUGCUGCUGCUCUCUCCCUACUCCUUCUCUCUGAGCGGACGCCGCGGCCUGAUCCUGGGCACGCGGGAGCCGGGCAGACAGGCAGCUUCCCAUCAUGGAUUGGCAGCCAGAUGCACAGGGCCUCCAGCAAGUACUUCAAUUACUCAAAGACUCCCAGUCUCCAAACACUGCAACUCAACGUAUUGUGCAAGAUAAAUUGAAACAACUCAACCAAUUCCCUGAUUUCAACAACUACUUGAUAUUUGUCUUGACACGACUGAAAUCUGAGGAUGAACCAACUCGCUCUCUGAGUGGUCUGAUAUUGAAGAACAAUGUGAAGGCUCAUUACCAGAGUUUCCCUCAGCCUGUUGCUGAGUUCAUUAAGCAAGAAUGUCUUAACAACAUAGGGGAUGCUUCGUCUCUUAUCAGAGCUACCAUUGGGAUUCUUAUAACAACCAUUGCUUCCAAGGGGGAGCUACAGAUGUGGCCAGAGCUCCUGCCCCAGCUCUGCAACUUGCUCAACUCUGAGGACUACAAUACCUGUGAGGGGGCUUUUGGUGCCUUACAGAAGAUAUGUGAAGAUUCCUCUGAGCUCCUGGACAGUGAUGCUCUCAACCGGCCUCUUAAUAUAAUGAUCCCAAAGUUCCUUCAGUUUUUCAAGCACUGCAGCCCCAAAAUUAGGUCCCAUGCCAUUGCCUGUGUUAACCAGUUCAUCAUGGACAGGGCUCAAGCCUUGAUGGACAACAUAGACACAUUCAUUGAGCACCUAUUUGCCCUGGCUGUAGAUGAAGAUCCUGAGGUUCGAAAGAAUGUUUGCAGAGCAUUGGUGAUGUUGCUAGAAGUGCGGAUUGAUCGACUUAUUCCUCACAUGCAUAGUAUCAUUCAGUACAUGUUGCAGAGAACCCAAGACAGUGAUGAGAAUGUGGCAUUGGAAGCAUGUGAAUUCUGGCUGACGUUGGCUGAGCAACCAAUCUGCAAGGAGGUGCUGUCUUCACACCUGAUGCAAUUGAUUCCAAUUUUGGUGAAUGGGAUGAAAUAUUCUGAAAUAGACAUCAUAUUGUUAAAGGGCGAUGUAGAAGAGGAUGAAGCCAUCCCUGACAGUGAGCAGGAUAUCAAACCUCGUUUCCACAAGUCACGCACAGUUACCCUGCAACAUGAAGAGGAGCGACUACAGGAUGAUGAAGAUGGCGAGGAUGAGGAUGACGAUGACGACACGCUUUCAGACUGGAAUCUGAGGAAGUGCUCUGCUGCAGCCCUUGAUGUCUUGGCUAAUGUCUUCAGAGAUGAGCUUCUCCCACACCUGCUCCCGUUGCUCAAGGGGUUGCUUUUCCACCCUGAGUGGGUCAUCAAGGAGUCCGGAAUUCUUGUCCUAGGGGCAAUUGCUGAAGGCUGCAUGCAGGGCAUGGUUCCUUACCUUCCUGAAUUGAUUCCCCAUCUAAUUCAAUGUUUGUCUGACAAAAAGGCCCUAGUGCGUUCCAUUGCCUGCUGGACCUUGAGCCGCUAUGCCCACUGGGUUGUAAGCCAGCCUCCAGACAUGUAUCUCAAGCCUCUGAUGACGGAGUUGCUCAAGCGAAUUCUUGACAGUAACAAGAGAGUGCAGGAGGCUGCUUGCAGUGCGUUUGCCACCCUAGAGGAAGAGGCCUGCACUGAGCUGGUCCCAUAUCUUAGUUUCAUCUUGGAUACUUUGGUUUUUGCCUUUGGGAAGUACCAGCACAAGAACCUGCUGAUCCUGUAUGAUGCAAUUGGCACCCUGGCUGACUCUGUUGGGCACCACCUCAACCAGCCGGAGUACAUCCAAAAAUUGAUGCCUCCACUGAUCCAGAAGUGGAAUGAACUGAAGGAUGAGGACAAGGAUCUUUUUCCUCUCCUAGAAUGUUUGUCAUCUGUAGCAACAGCUCUCCAAAGUGGGUUCCUCCCAUACUGUGAACCUGUCUACCAGCGUUGUGUGACACUGGUGCAGAAGACCCUUGCCCAAGCCAUGAUGUACAGUCAGCACCCAGACCAAUAUGAGGCGCCUGAUAAAGACUUUAUGAUCGUUGCUCUUGACCUGCUGAGUGGCUUGGCUGAAGGUCUGGGCUGUCAUGUGGAGCAGCUUGUGGCCCGGAGCAAUAUCAUGACUCUGCUAUUCCAAUGCAUGCAGGAUACUAUGCCAGAGGUUCGACAGAGCUCCUUUGCACUCCUAGGAGACCUCACCAAAGCCUGUUUCAUGCAUGUCAAGCCAUGCAUUGCUGAAUUCAUGCCCAUCCUGGGGACCAACUUGAAUCCAGAAUUCAUUUCUGUGUGCAAUAAUGCCACCUGGGCUAUUGGAGAAAUAUGCAUGCAGAUGGGAGCUGAAAUGCAACCGUAUGUCCAGAUGGUCCUGAAUAAUCUUGUUGAGAUCAUCAACCGGCCAAAUACCCCCAAAACACUUCUGGAGAACACAGCCAUCACGAUUGGACGUUUGGGUUACGUCUGCCCUCAGGAGGUGGCACCGAUGCUGCAGCAGUUUAUCAGACCCUGGUGUACAUCCUUGAGGAACAUACGUGAUAAUGAAGAGAAGGACUCUGCUUUCCGUGGCAUCUGUAUGAUGAUUGGGGUAAACCCUGGUGGGGUUGUUCAGGAUUUUAUCUUCUUCUGUGAUGCUGUUGCUUCUUGGGUGAGCCCAAAGGAUGACCUAAGGGACAUGUUUUAUAAGAUUCUCCAUGGCUUCAAAGAUCAAGUUGGGGAGGAGAACUGGCAGCAGUUCUCAGAGCAGUUUCCUCCACUUCUGAAGGAGAGGCUAGCUGCAUUCUAUGGGGUCUAAAUGAAGCAGCAAACCAUACUUGGUUCCUGUGUGUGCUGGGAGGGAUACUGGGAACUCGUCCACAACCCAGUGUUGCAGAUCCCUGUUAAUGGGGGGUUAGGGAGGACGGGAAGAGCAUUGUGGGACAUAAAAUGACUUCGCUCCCCAUCUCCUGAAAUAUACAAAGUUGUGGGGGGAGGGUGGGCCUCCGUGACCAAUUUAAACAAAAACCAGGGUAUCUCACUGGCAGAAGGAAAGGCCUCUCUACUGAAGAGGCCAUCAUUGGUGGACUGGGGUGGGGUGGGACUCGGCCUCUGAGCUGGGAAAGGGGAGCAAUCUUAAACUGCAACACUCUUGAGAAGGGGAUCUAACUAGGGGCCAUCAUAAAGGACUAGCUAAUAAUAAAAAUAAAUAAAUAAAAGAUAGGGUUUAAGAUGUUACAAUGGGAUUAAAAGCUCUAAUGGUUUAAAAUUUAGCUGAUGAAGAGGGAAGGGUUAAAUCUCAAUCCAAGGGGGUUAUACUACUGUAUAUUUCCAGUCACCGGUGUUCAAGAGAUCAGCUAUCCUUCACCUUUUCAAGACUGCAUGGUGACCAAGAAGUAGACUAGCGAACCUGUGAGUAGCCCAUAAUGACUUAAGUGUAAAGCAUUUUCAUCUAGGAAUCUUAAGGAAACCCACAAACCCUUUCUGCCAUAGUUGCCAUGGCACUGUGUGCUGGAUGUGAUGCUCGGAGUAAGGGCGGCCUCUGACCUCGUGGGGGACCUGCCAGCCAUCUAGGGAGCAGUCCUUAUCAUAAGAAAUACUGUUGGAGAAGCAUGUCUUUAUUUUUUAAGAAGAUGCCACAGUGCAAUGAAUCUGUUACCCUGUUGUUCAGCUGUUACUUUGUGACACUGCUAUUGCAUUACUUCAGCUGUGGGAGGCAGGAGAGAGCAAGGAGGGAAACUGAAUUCCACCCGGGGCUGGUUGUCCAUGGGCCAAAGGCUGGCAGAAGCCAGUGUGCACUUGGAUGAUUUUUGUACGGCACAUGAACUGUUGUGUCCUGCACUCUUGUGGCCAGAGUGGCAUUUGUACAUAAAGGUAACUUACACUUUCUGUCUUAAGAGAGUUCUAUGCCACAUUCACCACUUUGGUUUACAAAAGGAGCAGUAAACAUGGCUAAGCAUCGAGGAAUUAUUACAAUAGAGCCCUCCGUGCAUGGCCAGUGGAAGCGCGUAGCUUUUGCUGCAUGCUUAGUGAGGUGGUCGUCUUAAGGAAUUCUUAUUAGACCCAAAUCAGCUUAGUCCCUGGAAAUAGAAUCUGGGGUUUGCUGAAUGCAUUUGACUUAGUGAAGCCAUAGCUUUUUAAUAGUAAGUGGAGAGCAUGAGAAGUGGAAGCAGGCCUGUUUUCCCAAAGGCAGCUAGGAUAUGGGGAAAAGGGGGUACUGCUUCAUCUGAUAAGAACAACUUCUGGGGAAAUGCUUGGGGGAGCCAGAGUCAUCAGGAAUAUUCUGCAAAGUCAACAUGAAUAGAGCUUGUGCCAGCCAGCCAGCAGCAUGCUGCUGAGGAGGAGAGCAGUGAACUGAGCCACAACCCCAGCUUUCUUCCGAACAGAUUCCAGUGGAACUUUGGCAGCAUCAGGAUUGAUAGCCAGACAACUGGGUUGAACUGUGCCUCACAUCCUGCAUUGCUCCAGUGGUGGGAGACACUGUGGUGGAACGGCUUAAAUACUAAAGAAGAUUAAUGGAUAAAGGAUGGACACCCCUCUUUUGGGAUAAGGAGAUGCUUUUGACAAUUGAUGGUGACACUCUGGGAACUGUGGGGUGAAUUUCUGAAAGUAUUUUGCAAGAUUGCUCAGUAACUUAAACUUCACUGACAUCCCCUCCAUCCCUGGUCUCUGUUUCACAUGUUACUGUGCUUGCAGUUCUUGGAGCUUUGUCAUGGAAUGUGCGGGGGCAUUAUUGUACAGGCUUGGGGGCCUGAAAACCUUUUUUCUUUCUUUUUCUUUUUCUUUUUCAAGCUUGGAGAUUGCACCCCAAUGAGAGCUUUCUCCUGAUCCUUAGAUCUGAUCUGCUGGGGGUCACCCCUGCACUCCUCUGGGAUAGCUGGUUCAAAGAAAUGCUAGGAAACUUGCAAAUGCAUUCCUCAAUUCGUAUUUUUAAUAGUGUGGAACUUGAGCAGGUCUCUGAAAGCAAUCAGCUAGCUCUUUGCAUUUUAAUGGUUUUAUUAGAAGUAUUCCCUCUUGUGCCUCGCUCUCAACUUCCCCUAUCCUGAGAGGGAAAAAGCAGAGGAUUCUAUUUGAGCAGCAGUUUGUUUUUUUAAUGCAUGGACAAGGAAUGUGCGCAGGUGGCGUCCUGGCUUGUGCUUCUAAACUACAUGCCCAGGAAGAUAGAAAGAAGGCUGUGAGCUCUUCAUUCAUUCAGUGGAGUUUAAGCUACUUGACCUGACUGCCUCUUGAAAUGAAUUUGUCUUCUUUUUUUUUUUGUACAAGUGCUUCUAGUAUUGCCUCCUGUUCGUUAAUCCUGGAUUUGUAUAUUUGUAAAUGUGCCGUAAUGUUUCCAAUGGUGGAACUGCAGUGUACCUAGUGUUGAAGCAGCUGCUUGCACCUUGCUCAAAUGAGAUUUUUCUCAUUUUAUGUAUAAUUUUUUGUCAACUAAAAACAUUUCUUGUGACUCCA